AUGGGAAUAACGCCGCCGGAUCGCCAGAUCAACCAGGUAGCCGCCACCCACGGCGGCGCCGCGGCGCUCCGCGCCAGCGCCCGGACGCCCGGCCCGCCGGCCCGCCGCCCUGCCAACCCUGACCGCCCCCGGCUCUUUCGCCGCUCCGACCCGCGGGAGCGGCAUCGCCGACGCCACGGGGGCGGCAUGGCAGCGACGGCCACCGGCGGCGGCGGCCGGCCGCAUCGCGACCCGGCGGCGCCUGGGGCGGGGAACGCCGCCGCCCGCGGGGCUCCCCCCCGCCCGCCGCGCGGCGGGGAGGCGAGGGACGCCCUCGGCGACGGCCGACCCCGGCGGCCGGCCCUUCCCGCGACGCCGCGGGCAAGGAGCCGGGACCGCUGCGCAGCUUCGGAUUUGGACGGCACGAGCCUUUCGGGGGGUCUCUCGCGGCUCAGCUCCAGCCGCACCGCCACCCGGCGCGCUGCUCGCGGCCGGCACCCACGGGGCGCUAGCCGGGACCGGGGCCAGCACCAGCACCUCGCCUGCAUUGAAGGACACCUGUGCAAGCUCGCGGGGCCACGCGGCCGUCACACAGCCCGGGACGGUCAAGCCGCCCUCCCCGGCAGCGGGAGGGGCGGCACCUCGCCUGCGACGGGAAGCGAAUUGGAAAGGAGACCGCCCUGCCCGAGCACCGGACCCCGCCGUGGCCUUCCCCAUGACAGAGAAGACCCGGAAGAGCCCGGCCGGCCGGGGGCCCUCGCCGACGCCACCCGAAAAGCCUCAUCGAUCGGACACACGGGACGCGGCUGCUGCUGCUGCUGCUGCUGCUGCUGCGGAAAGGAGGGGGGCAAAGCAGCCGCCGACACGCUGGCAACAAGGGCCCCACGGCCACGCUGCUCCUCCUGGGACAGCCGCUCGCGGAUCGAGCACGGCAGAGGAGCGCGGGGGGUGCCGCCACCCGCCCGCCCGCCGACAAGGCUUCCCUCUUUAGCCAGGCGACGGCGGGACGGGACCGCCGGGCUGGGGGUGAGCUUCACCCUUUCGCCCGGGGAACCCAUCCCAGCGUGCGAGAAGAAAGGUGCCACCGACCGCGCCACGGGCCACCGGCUUUCCCCCGGCCUCGCAGGCAGCAGCCGGCUCUCCCUCCGGAAAAAGACGGGGGACGGCACCACAAAAAGAUCUCGGCUCUCUCCUGUGCACACCUUGGCUUUCCUGGGCCCGCGCGCCUUCCCGGCGCGCCUCUCGGUGCCGCGGCUUAGGGCCGCCAGAGAAAAAGCGCAACGCAGGCCGGGCGGGCGGCCCCCACACCGCCCGCACGCCGGCGCGCGCCUGAAGAAAAAAACGGACCCGGCUGGAAACCCAGCCCACCGGGCAGAAGCGACUCGAUCCGCACACGACCGAGGAAGAGCGAGGCGACGCCGCCUCGCCCACCACACGCUCCGGGGGCUCUCUGGCGGCUUCCGGCCGAGGAAGGGGGACGACUUCCACAACACACGCUGCUGGCCCGGGGUGCCGCCACCCCGGCUCCACAGCACAUCGGGGGACCGCCCUCACCGAGCCCCUCAAGCCACGCGGCAACGCCGAAGCCAAGGCCGCGCGCCCCCCCGCCGCCCUUCCGACACGGACACGCUGGCAACAAACAGGUCGGGAGCGGGAGAACGGGACGCCGCCACCUCGGCGGGCGCUGCUCGGGGCUCUCGGCACCUCACUCGGCUCUCUCGGAGCCUCUCUGCUUCCCUGGGUCGGGACGGGGACCGGGACGACGCCACGCGACUCGUCCCGCGUCAGCGGCACUCGCUUUGCCCUGAGGAUGACCGCGCGCGCGGGCCCUCCUUCGCCGCUUCGGACACAGGCAUGCUGGAGGCCUGUGGGGAUGCGGCCCGUCACCUCGCUCCCAUAACUCCCCGGCACCGCCUGCAGGCUUUCCCCGCCUCCGCCCAACCGCCACGGCUGGGGGCGCCCCGCCCUCCCCCCCGUCGGACUCCCCGCCGCCGCCUGCAGACUUUUCCCGCCCCGGCCCAGUCUCUCCUCAGCCAGUUGGCACAGCGGCAGCGGCGGGAGGGCCGGCAGCGGGCCGACACCCAGGCAGCCGGGGCCUUCGGCCGGCAGGGGCGGGCAGGCUUAGCGCCCUCCCUUGCCCAACAAGCUUGCUCCUCAGGUCUCGCCGAGCCUUCUGCUCGGACGGCCUUCCUUCCUUGCUGCUCAGGCCCGGCCCCGGCCCGGCCUGCGGCGGGACGGCAGCGGCGGCAGGGGCUGAAGGGAGGGAGGCAGAAAUCCGGGCGGGAGCCGGGCCGCCGCGCCUUCGGCCGGCCGGGAGUCCUAAAGGCUCCCUCCUUCCCUCUCGGGGUGGCUGGGCGCGGGGGGAUGCGGGCAGGACGUCGGCGGGGGCGUGCGCCCGGCGGCAGCGGAAGCGGGCCGCCUUCGCCUCCCGGCUCUCGGGGGGAAAGAGGGUGCGCCGCGGGCCGCGCGCGGCCCCCGGAGCGGGUGGCGAGUGGCGGGCGUACGGGGGCCUGCCGGAUGCGCGGCCCGCCCGCCUUACGCCGGCUUGCGGGCCAGGACGAGGACGCGGGGUGGGGGGGGGGGGGGGGGGGGGGGGGGGGGGGCGGCGCGCCUCGGAUGGAGGACAACGAGUCUACCCCGGUCCUCGGGGGGCCGGAGCCCAAGUCGGGCCAGGACAACAGGUCUACCCACGGCCGCCGGCAGGCGGGAGCCCUGGUCGGGGCCGGGGAAACAGGUCUUCCCCGGGCCGCCGGGCGCCAGCAAGCCGAGGCCGGCCCGGGACAACAGGUCUACCCCGAGCCCCUCGGCGGCGGGAGCCCAAGGCCGGCCCGGGACAACAGGUCUACCCCCGCGCCCGGAGACGGCAGCAGCGGCAGCGGACGGACGGGCUUGCUCCCGCCGCGCCCGCCGCCGCCGCCGCCGCCUGCGCGGCCAAGCCCCCGCCCCGCGUAUCGGGCCUGGGACCCGCGCGGAGGGAAGUCGAGGCCGCGCGCGGCCCGGCGGGGCCUCUCUCUCUCUCUCUCUGGGCUGGCAAGCGCGCGCGCCCCCCCCCCCACCGACGGAGGAGCGCGCCGCCGGCGGCACGCGGCCCCUUCGCUCGCUUGCCCGGGCUCCCGGACUCCGCGUCUCGGGCCUGGGACCCGCGCGGAGGAGAGCGCCGAGGCGGACCGCGCUGGCGCGGGCACGGGCGCCCGCGCCGCCGGGGCCCCCUGUCGGCCCCGGCCCGCCGAGAGAGAGGCCUCGGAGGAGGAGGAGGAGGAGGAGGAGGCGGGCCGGCGCCCGCGCUCCUGCCGGCCAGCGACAAAAGCUUGUGUCGAGGGCUGA